AAAAAAUCUAAAUCUGAGUGAGAAUGCCCGAGUACCGUGAACUAUGAGGCCCUUAACCCAACACAACCACCCUCUGCUCUAUGUGCACUGCACAUUGUUCUCUAGGGUUUUAAAAGGGUUUAAGGUUUUGUUCUUUCCUCAGUUCGUUCGCUCCUUCUACAAAUGGAGAUCUCUUCAAAACCAUUAGCUCCGCCUGAGAUGACAUAAAAUCCAAUUCCCAAUACUUCUCUUGCGAACCCAGAAACCCUAACCUUAAACAAUGAUCUUAAAGCCCCUUUCUUCCAAAACCCACUUCUUAUCCCCAUCUCCUUCCUCUUCUCCUUUUCCCUACUCAAUCCUUGUCUCUUACUUGUGUACGUCUCCAGCGACUCUUCCUUCCCGCUUCCAUUCCUUACGGCGCCUUCAGGAGGAGGAGUCGAGAAAUGUCAAGAUUUCUGUGUGGUGGGAUUUUGAGAAUUGCAAUUUGCCUGCUGGUGUUAAUGUGUAUAAGGUUGCCCAUCUGAUCACUGCAGCGAUCAGGGCAAAUGGGAUGAAGGGUCCUAUUCAAAUUACAGCAUUUGGGGAUGUGCUACAGCUUUCAAGGGCUAAUCAGGAAGCCCUUUCCUCGACUGGGAUCAGUCUGACUCAUAUUCCUAAUGGGGGAAAGAACAGUGCUGAUAGGUCUCUUCUUGUAGAUCUCAUGUAUUGGGUUUCCCAAAAUCCACCACCUGCCCAUCUUUUUCUAAUUUCUGGUGAUAGGGAUUUUGCUGGUGUGUUACAUCGAUUAAGGAUGAACAAUUACAAUAUAUUGCUUGCAAGCUCAAAUUCUGCUUCUAGUGUUCUCUGCAGUGCAGCAAGUAUCAUGUGGCGUUGGAAUGCUUUGGUCAGAGGGGAAAACCUAAAUGGAAAGAUUUUUAAUCAACCCCCUGAUGGUCCUUAUGGUUCUUGGUAUGGCCAUUAUAAGGUGCCUCUUGAAGACCCCUUCUCAGUUGAUGAGCAAUCAACAUGUUCACAGAGCGAAGAGUUGACUGAAGCUAGUUCUGAGACUAAGGUUCGUCCAAUUCCAAAAGAAGUUAUGAAGCAGGUCCGUGAUAUUUUGAGUUUGUAUCCUAAAGGAAUAUCAAUUACAGAACUGCGUUCUGAGUUGGGAAAAAGGAAUGUGGGCAUUGAUAAAGACUUUUAUGGCUAUAAAAAGUUCUCUCGCUUUCUCUUGUCCAUGCCAAAUAUUUUGAAGCUUCAAUACAUUGGUGAUGGGCAGUUUGUUGCACGUGCGGUUAUUGCAAAGCCUGAACCAUAUGAGCCCAAUCCAUACAAUACAGGUGCUGUAGUUACUGAUGUAGACCAACACCCUGCUAAAACUCUAAAGCCAAAUGGUGAGGAUAAACCUAUUUCUGGAUCUGUGGAUCGGAAAAAUGUAAUGCCUUUAUCCCCUGAACUAAACACGGAAAGGCCUACAAGAAAAGUGCAACAGUCUCCUCCCGCUGAGAAGCCUGUCAAAAUGGAUAUUGAGCAGCCUCCAAAAGAAAUGGAAGAACCUCCUUCAAUUGGUGAAAAUGAUGUGGAAGUGGCUAAAGCACAGGUUGCUGAAGACAAUCCGAUGCCUAUGAAGCAACAAGAUUCUAAAUCUGAAGUGGGCUUUUUAAAGAAAAUAUGGAGAAGAUGGUUUGGCAGUAAUGAUGAUAGUUCUUCUGGGAUAAAAGGUUAUGACAUUUCAAAUAAAUCUCACACUUAUGGAGAUAACUCUGAGAAGAAAAGUGAGAACACUCUUGAUAAAUGUGGUCGUUCAGGUAAUGGGGAUAACUCUGAGAAGAAAAGUGAGAGUACUAUUGAAAUAUGUGGUACUUCAGAUGAUGGCCUUGAAAAGAAGGAAGUUGAGAAAAAUUUUGUGAAAUCGCCAAACCAGGAAAAUGGUCGAUUACCUCCCACAUCACGUUCAUCCAAUAGUGACUUGGGGAAAGAAACCUCUAUGAGUUAUGAACCACAUACUGAAAUUUCUGGGAGAAGUCUGGGUUUUUUUAGCCUGAUUAUGAGAUGGUGGAAAUUUGGGGGAAAUAGUCCAAACUCUGAUUCAUCAGCUGGUCAACCAAGCAAAGAAGAUUCAUCAACUGAUCAACCCAGCAAAGAACUCGAGCAGAUAAACAGUUAUUCUGGAAAGCAUGAAAUUUUUUCUGAAGAUUCCUUUUGGAAAGAGAUGGAAUCCUUUUUGGACUCACGGAGGGGAUCACUUGUUGUAUUGCAAUCAAAGACGAGGGAACAAAUGGCAAGGGAUCUGCAAAUGGACGGACCUGUGGUUCUUAGAUCUCUUACUGAAAGUGAUGUCCUUAAGUUGGUUGGCAUGUUAAUAUCAGAGAAGAAAUGGUUGGAAGAAAAUCCCUCUGAGGCUUCACCUUUUAAGCUCACUUUGUCUACUGGAAAUAAUACUUUAUUUGGUGAUUCUCGUGCUUCAAAUGGAUUAAGAUCUAUUUUUUUGAGCACACCAUCACAAUCUGAUUCAAAGAGGCAACCAAAUCGCAAUGGAGAUGAAAGAAAUGGAAGAAUUCAGAAUAUUUCUCCUGCUGGAGUUUCUCAACCAGUUAGCUAUAGAAAACCUUCAGAAAAGUCUAGAAGUGAGACAUUAAUCAACUGUCAAAAGCUUGUGAAUGAGUUAUUGGAGGAGUUUCCUGAAGGAUAUAAUAUUUGCUCCUUUAGAAAGCUGUUUCUUGAGAGGUAUGGUUAUCAUCUUGAUGUCCAAAAGCUUGGUCACCAAAAAUUGGCAUCCUUGCUACAGGAGUUGCGUGGGGUAAAAAUAGAGUCCAGUUAUAUUAUUCCUUCCAGUAUAGCCCCCAAUUGUUCCAUUCAGGAUAGUGCUGUUCCUAAUGUCCAAGAAUGUGAUUCAGUUCAUACAUCAGCAACUUCAGGUAGUGAAUUAUCUGAUGCAUCAAAAGAUGAUGAAUCAGACUCUACAUGGGAGGAAUUGGGUCCUGUUGACAACACAGGUUCUAGCAGGAAGGACCCAGAAGAAAAAAGCACAUUUACCCAUUAUGAGCCUUCUGUCUCAGAUGAUGAAUUUUCAGAAACAGAAAGAGAGUUCUUAACUGGAACUCGUGAAGGAGGGCUAGCAAAAUCUGGAAUGAACAAUGAAGAUAGUUCAUUACUCCAAAUUCUAGAUUCAUGGUACAGCAGUAAGGAUGGUGUCAAAAAGAAAGACAAACCAGAGAAUGUGCAAGACAUGGUUGAUUGUGCCAAAAAUGCUUUACAGCCAUCCGAUCCAUUGGAACUAGGUACCAAGAUUGACAGUUCUUUAAGAAACUAUGGCCAAAAGCAGAAACCUCAAAAGCGCUAUUCUUUUGUUGCAGACCCUGAUGAUAAUAACCUUGAUGCUAAUAACUCAAACAAGCUGAUUGACGGCAUAAUAGUUAGCUUGAAGAAAUCUGGUGAGUCAGGGAUGCGGAGCUGAUGCAUGUCAAGGAGCGAAAACAAAUGAAAACAUCAAAUAUCGAGUUUUCUUGUGGAGUGUUGGCAAAGGUGAGAUUCAAUUUUUUUGAAAUUUGAGAGAAAUUUAGACUUACAUUGCAGUUGCUGCAGCUUUAGUUUAGGAGUUUGACAUGAUUGAGUGGCUAUUUUGAAGAUGGGCGCUGUUAAGAAAUUUUAUUUGUUGUCAGUCCUUAAAUUAGUUAAGGCUACCGGUACUAGUCAGAGUUGAUGUCUAUCCGGCAUAGAAGGAGAUUAAGAUUACUUACACCAAUUUAUGUAGGCCCUUAUAGUGUAUUCUUUAAGAAAUGCACACUUAUUUCUUUUCAGCAUUGUAUCUUCCGCGCAACUAUUUGGGAAAAAUUACGUUUCUUCCUGUA